AUGAUACUUGAGGGUGCAAAGAGUUGCGAGGGAAGUGAUGAACUCUUACCAAGUUCAACCGCGCGAGAAAGGUUCAACUUAGAUAACUGCAAAACUAUAUUCUUUGCUGGACAUGAAAGUACUGCAAUUACAGCAUCAUGGUGCUUAACGUUGUUAGCUAUACACCAUGAUUGGCCAGAUCGUGUCAGCGAAGAGGUGCUUGAAGUUUGUGGAAAUGGUAAUCCAGAUGCAAAUAAACUUAGAAGCAUGAAAACGUUAACCAUGGUGAUUCAAGAGACUUUGAGGCUUUAUUUUACUGCAAUGUUUAUAGGCAGAAGAGCUUACCAAGAUAUUGACUUUACAUGUGAAAUUUCUCUAAACUUUACAUGUUCUCACCUAUAA